GACUUCGCGAAGAGCAAUUAAUUUACCUCUUUACAUCUUUCCACAUAAAAAUACCCGCCUCUUCCACGACAAGCAUCGGAGAUGGACGCCCCUGGCGAAGCUCUACGGGCUGCCGCUGGCGAUAACGACAGCAAUUGCGCCCCGCCGUCGCUGUCAAUCAACCAACUCGCCGCUCUCCAUCCGCGUGAGCGGCUGUUGGUCCGUCCCGAGCGCUGGACCGACCGGCAACUGUCACUGCUUCCGUGCCGCUUCCACUCGCACGGAGAAGGGGGCCGUGCCAAGGGCAUGCCCACGGAGUACCGCAGCCCUGAAUUAUCGGACUUGGAAUCCGGACGGCUUGCCAUCCGCCUAGAUGAGGCGGAUAAUCUCGAGGAUCGCAUUAAGCUGAUCGAUGACCUGCUCCGCCUCGUCUCAGAACUCGGGGACAUUCGCCCCUGGUAUUUGAGCAGCGCUCAACUCUACUUUAACCAGCAUCCAUGCGCUACGUUUGGUCCAUAUGGAUACGAGGACAGGGAGAUCAUCACCGCCGCUCCUCAUCGGAAGAAGAUCAGCUUCGCGCUGUUCGACAGCGCCGAGCCCUCGCGGAAGCGGUUCCAGCAUCUCAGGCCCAAGGAUUGGCUUUGGCGUAGCGGCGCUGAGGCAGAACGAAUGUCCAUCCUCGGAAAGCGGCUUGCCCCCAGUGACCGCUAUCGGGACCCUUAUCUCGCGGCCGUCAUCAUCGCCAUGGCGCAGAAGGAGCGACGCAAGGCUCCGCAACAGGCGUCUCCAGGAUCCGGCGGCGGUUUUACUGUCCGACUUCUCUUCGUCGACCGAGAAAGCCCCUCGCUCUUCCAAUACGUCGCCCACGUUCAGGGCGCCUUCCUCGACAUGUUUGAUCACCCGGCCAGGCAGCCGCCCCCCUCGGCCUCGGGCAACCCGGGGCUUGACAUCCACUGCUGGGAGAUCCCCACCGAUCCCGGCCCCACGUUCGCCCACCGACUUGCCUGGGCGCUGAGGACGGACUGUUGCGGGGAAGUGCACGACGAUGUUGUUGAGGGGGAGGAGGAGGAAAAUGCUGCCGGAGAAAUGAGUGAUGCCCAGGCGGGUGGGGAAUGA